GCCAACUAUGGCGCCCUGAAGUGGGCCGCCGGCGCCGGCUGCCUGCCGCAGCUGCUCGCUGUUCAGCUGCUGCGCCUGCGGUGGUGCGCAGACCGGCUGGGCGCCAAGCUGGCGGCGCAGGCGGAGGAGGGCGGCGGCGCGGACCCCAUGGCGCUGCUGGCGGCGCGGCAGCAGCUGCGCGGCAGGGGGCGGCAGGCGGAGCUCGUGGCCCUGUGA